AUGACACUUUCCAUCCAUUUAAUUAAUUCUGAUCUACAUGUAACUCCUUUAUUGACAUCAAAUGUUCCCAAUGAAGUACUCUUUUUACCUUCACUCAAAAAGCUUUCACAUAGGAUGGCUGAUUAUUCACAUGAUAGAAUUAUCAUUCACUCAUCGAGUUCAACAGUAUUGUCUUCAGCACAAUAUUUUUAUUUAGAUGGUAUUGAUAUCGAUUUACCAAGUCUAUUUGUCAUUGCACCUAUGCUUCGCAUACUUGAUGUAAACUUUUACUUACAAAAAAUUCCAUCAAUAAUAACUUCAAUUGAAAAUCAAAAAUCUAAAAUUACUGAAGAAGAUGAUGAUGGAUUUCGUGUAGUACGUUAUCGUAAACAUGCACCUUCAUCAACAAUAUAUUCUCCACAACAUAGUUUUGGUUCUGAUACUGAGAAAAAACCUGCUACUGUUCCUAAAAAACAAAUAUCACCAACAUCAUCAACAUCAAUUACACCUACAUCAACUGUUGUACACACAACAACAACAACAACAACACCUAAGAAAAAAGCACCAAAGAAAACUAAAGAAACAACUGUUAAAACAGAUAUUACUUCACCUGUUGAUAUUCUAUCACCAUCAACUACUGAUACUGAUCUUAUUUCAUCAUCGAAAGAAGAAUCUACAAAACGAACAACAACUACGAAACAUGUACAAAAAGUUAUUGAAUCUCAAAUUACACCAAAAGAUGUUUCUUCUAUUCAUUCGGAUAAAGAAAUAACAGCUUCUAAAGACGAUCAUAAACCAAUUCAAUCCAUAAAUCUUACUGAAAUCGUACAAAAAACAUCCGAUGAUACACAAAAUCAAAUAGAAUCAGUUAAAUCACCAACAUCACCAACAGUAACAAGUGCUGAUACAAGUGAAGAAUUAUUUAAAAAACCAAAGAAAAAACACAAACGAACGAAACGAGAACCAAUGGAAUUAGAAAUAUCGACACCAUCCGAUGAAAUAUCAAGUACAACUGAUGAUCUAUUAACAAAAAGCUCACUAACAUCUACUAGUACAUCUCAAGCAUUAAUUCUUGAUAUUCCAUUAACAUCAACUCCAAUUGAAGAUAAAUCUGAUCAAAUUCUAUUAAAAGAAGAAACUUCUUUACCACAAACAAUUGAAUCAAUAACACAUAUAAAUGAUGAACAAAUUAAAACAACAUCAACUAAAAAACAUUCAAAAAGACGAAAGAAAAAAGUACAUACAAGUGAAAAACAAGACCAAGAUCAAGAUUUAAUAAAUUCUUCGACAACUAGUACAACAGAUAAAGAUAGUAGUAGUGCAGCGGGAUCAAUAACAACACCAAUGAAAUCUACUUCUCUUGAAUCUAGUACUAAAACUCAUGUAAUAACCGAUGAUGAUAAACAAGAAUCAGAAUGGAUAACACCACAAAAUAAAAAGAAAAAAUCUAAAUUAAUUGAAUCAUCCAUAACAAGUGAAUCGCAUGAACAAAACUUAUCAUUCCAUCCUCAAUCAACUUUACAGUCAACAACAAAAAUUCUACCAGAAAAAAUAACUGAUGUACAAUUUAAAUUUAAAAAAGGUGGUGAAUUAACAGUAACAAGUCAAUUACCAUUAGAACGUUCACCAACUGAAUGGGGUACAAUUAAAUUUACAUCAUCCGAAGAAUCAAAUCUUGUACAACAAGAUAAACUUGAUUCAUCAAUUGAACAAACUCCAUCAGAACAAUUACCUAUUGAAAAAGAGUCAAAAAUUGAACAAACAAUUGAUUUAACUCCUCAAAUUGAUGAUAAAACUAAAGUCGAAACACCAACAAAAUUAACGGAAAGUAGUGAAACCGGUGGUGAAGCUGAUUUAGAUGCAUAUCGUGACCAAACAGGUCGUCUUCGUCGAAAAAAAUCACGUAAACAUACAAGUACAUCAACUAAACCUGAUAAUAUACCUUCGACUCUUGAAUCACAAACAUCCGAAGAAAUAAAACUUGAUCAUGAAACUAUAAGUGAACAUUGGGCUGCUGUUUUAGCAACUCCUAUAUCGAAUAUCGAUGAAGAACAAAAAAUUCAAAGUGAACAAGUUCAUGAAGAACACUCAUUUGAAGAUGAUGAUACUAGUGACAGAAAUAGUAAAUUAGAUUCAUUUUUACCUGAAUAUAUUCGUCAAACGAUACAAACAAAAUCAUCACUACGUUCAUCAUCAUUAAAUGAUGAUCGUUCUAAAUCAUCACCAUCAUCUCAUCAAACAUCAACAUCUAUAACACAUACACGUUCAACAGGUAUUGUAUUUCCAUCAGCAUCAAAUCGAUCAACAACAAGUACUGAUACAUCAGAAAAUGAAAGUCGAAAACAUUUACAAGAAUCACAUGAUGAAGAAAUUCAUUCAACAGAAGAUUCAAGUUUUAUGUCAACAACAAAUCAAACAGAACAUGAUACAAUACUAACAUCAUCUUCAUUGCCUUCAACUAGUAGUGCAACACGUAAGAAAAAACAACGACCAAAAAUGUUAAAAAAAGAUAUUGAAGCUAAAACAUUAUUAACACAUGAAUUUGAUGAUACACCAUUAACAAUAACUGAAAUUUACCCAUCAUCAUCAUCAUCAUUACCAACAGAAACAAUAAAUAAAGAUGAUGAAUCAUUUUUAUCAUCUAUACGUCAUCAAUUUACUUCGGCUAUAUCAACAAUAACCGAUUCAUUUAGUUCUGCACUUUCUCUUCAUAAACCAACAACAACAGAUGAUCAAACAAUUGUUCAAUCUGAUGAGCCAGUGCCAUCAACAGAAGAACAAUCAAUUAUACCUAUUACAACAUCUAUUGAAUCUACAACCGUAACAAUAAAGAAAAAACCUUCAACACGUUCACCACGUAAACGUUCAAAACGAGAUAGUGGUCCUGAUUAUGAAAAUCUAACAAGUCCAACAUCGGAUGAUGUUGAACAAUCAUUUGCUGGUAUUAAAGUUGUUACAACAGUUCCAACAUCAAUUGAUAAUGAUCAAACAGAUUUUAUUAAAGUUGAAACUCAUAAACAACAAUCAAGACAACGAACAUUAUCUGGUCGACAUUCAUCAAAUACUGAAGAAAAAAAUGAACAACAAGCUAUGUUAGCUGAUGAUGAAGAAGAUGAAGAUUUUGCAACAAAACCUGUUGUAUUACAUGGAAGUGGUAGUGGUGCAAAUAUUCAAACACCAAUUGAAUCAAUUAUUGAACAACAAGAGUCAUCUUCAACAACAACAACUAUAGUAACAAAAAGAAGACGACAUAAACAAAAGAGUAAAACUGAAGAAGUUGAAUUUAUUGCACAAGUACCAGAUGAAUUAAAACCUGAGGAACAAGUUACAAUAUCUGAUCAACAAACAACAACGACGACAACGAAUGAACAAUUACGACCAGUUCAAGGUUUUCAUUCUUAUACACCAAAUAAAUAUCAAUAUAAUCAAUAUGAAGAAGGAUUAACUAAUUCAAAUGAACAAUCAUCAUUACCACCAGCACCAACAGUAGCAGUAGCACCAGCACCAGCACCAGCACCAGCACCUGCACCAGCACCAGCACCAACAUCAGUAGCAGCAGUAACAGAACAUAAUGAUGAUAUUCUUGCACGUGGUUUUAAUAUUUGGUUACAACAAAGCAAAGAAAUUGAAUCGACACCAUCAUCAACAUUAAAAAAAGAUGAAUCAUCAGCACUAGGUGGUGGCUUAACACGUGCUAUGCAAAGUCUUAUUAUUCAACCAAUUGAAAGUGAUAAUGACGAAGAAGAAGAAGAAGAAGAUUCAUGGAAUGGACCACGAGCUAGAAAACCAACAUAUGCAUCAGGUGUUCGAAUUGAUAAACGUAUUCAUACAACAAGUGGAUAUAAUAUAAAUCAUCCACGUUCAAUAACUGUUUCACCAUGGUUAAUGCCACAAUCAACUGAAAAUUCCUAUCAAGAUGAUCAAUCAAAAUAUGAUCCAGAUGAUCAAUCAAAAUAUGAUCCAGAUGAUGAAGAAGAUUCAAUGAAUGAUGUAUCAGAAAAACAACAAUUAUCUCAUCCUAUUAGUACACAAUUAUCAACUAAAGAAGAACGACAAAUGCAUUUAAAUAAUUUAGCUGAUUUAUCAGGUCAAGCAAUAUUAGGUAAUUUGUCAUCAUCAUCAUCAUCACUAUCAUCAGCAGCUAAAUGGAAUGAAACAUCUAUACGUAGUGAAGAUAAUAGUCAACAACAAACAAGUUUUACUGAUGAUGAUGUACAACGUUGUUUAGGAGAAGAUUUUUAUCGUGAAUCAUUAGCUGCAGAUACACUUCAAGCUGAACAACGAACUAUAACGAGUUUAGCUGGUCUUGUUUUAAAACCAUCGCUAUUAUCAGAAGAAACAGACAAUGAUGAAAAUGAAAAUGAUAAUGAUGAUGAUGAUGAUGAUGGUCAAAGAAAUAGAAAUAAUAAUAAUAAUAAUAAUAAUAACAAUAAUAGUAGUAGUCAUUCACUUAAUUUCGAUGAAUGGGCACAUUUUCUUGAAUUUGAAUAUGAUCAACAAUUGUUUUCAUCAUCUGCACCAUCAUCAUCGACUAUUGAACACAAUUUAUUAACAUCAUAUGAAUGUUCCUAUGCACGAGAAUUAGAUGAAGAUACUCUUAUAUCGGAUGCUGAUCGGUCACAUGUGAUAGAUUAUGUAGAAAAUACAAAUGACAAUGACAGACAACGCUAUGGAGAUUUUACAUCAUUAGAUGACGAUUCUAUUGUGCCCGAAUCAAUGAUUAAUUGUCCUUUAUCAUCAUCAAAUCCAAAUUCACAAUUAUCACAUACACAUAAACCUUCCGAAACUUUUCAAAGAUGGCGAAAUCAAUCAAAUCGUGAUCGAGAAGAAUCGACUUCAAACUUAACAAAUGUAACAAUAUCAACAGAAAAUCAAAAUGACGAUGAAAUAUUUAUAUAUCAUACAGACGGUGGUCUUAGUCGACGAGUGAGACCAACAACAUAA